AAUUUGAACGUGACAGGGUAUUUUUUAGUCAAGUUCCGAAUAGGCGAAAAAAAUUUAUUUCUUUCGCUUUUGCUAUCAUUAAAAAUCGGUGCCUGAUCUGCAUCUGUAGAAUGGAUAAUUAAAUGAAUUAAAUUUGCGAGGUUUUUGACAUAAUAAGCCAUUUGUUUCUAUCAAUAAUAAUUAUAGUGCAAGUAAUGAUGGAACUGGGUCAGGGUGAGCGGAACAGUGAGGGGCGCGUACCUAAUAUUGGCGUCAUGUGCAUGGAUUUGGCCAAAGGCCUAGCCGAAUUAUACGAAGGAAAUUAUUGCCACAUGUCGGCUAACUAUGUGAAGCAUCUAGAGGCGUCAGGUGCAUUGAUCGUACCUAUUUGGAUUGGCCGUGAACGUGAUUAUUAUGCACAAAUCAUGACUAAAGUGAAUGGGAUACUGUUGCCCGGUGGCGCUGUCUAUCUGGAGGAUUCGGAGGUCAAAGAGAAACCGGAGCUGACCAAUGAUUGUGUCAAGUCCGCUCGGUAUAUUUACGAGCUGGCUAUGGAGCGCAAUGAGGCUGGAAAUUAUUUUCCCAUAUGGGGCACUUGCCUCGGCUUUCAGCUGCUGCUGAUAAAUGCUGCCAAGACAAAUGAGGUGCGCACCGAAUGUGGCAGAUUCUUUAAGGCGUUGCCACUGCACUGGAGCACCGAUUCUAUAGAAGGCAAUUCAACCAUGCUCGCGGAUCUAUCUCCAGAGCUGGCCGAGCAAAUGCAGAAGAUACCUUUUGCCUGUCAUCAGCAUCGUUAUUGCAUCGAGGUAGAGAAUCUGCAUCGCUAUGCACUCCACAAGGACUGGCGUAUCCUAGCCACGAGGGAAUCGGCAACGGAGUCGCCAUCGGAGCCGACGAAGCGUUUUAUAACCCUCAUCGAGCAUCGACGCUUUCCCAUAUUUGGCAGUCAGUUUCAUCCGGAGCGUGCCGCUCACGAGCUGGGCCUGCUGGAAAAUGAUAACUGCAGCGCAGCCCACACUCGUCUCGGCAUUCAGCUGGCCCAGUAUUAUGCCGAGUUCUUCGUGGAGGCCUGUCGCCGCAACACCAAUCGAUUUUCGAGUAACGAGGAGAAGCUACGCUACUUGAUCUUCAAUUGGCAACCGGUUUUCAGUGGCCUCAAACACUCAAAUUGCAUGCAGUGCUAUAUAUUCCCCAGAGAUGUGGAAUAUCCUCAAUGAAAUAUUCAUUCCAAGUUAUGUCAAAUGUAUUAUGAUUAUAUAAAUGUAUAUGUGAGUUCUCAAAAAUGUGAUCAUCUCAUCAAUAAAGUUCCUUCGGCUUGAUCAAAAAGGCA